AACAAACCAAAUUUCUGUGCGCUCAGUCCAGCAAUUGCGUCGGAGGUUUCGCGCACAGAUCUACAGAGAUGGACAAGAGUCACGGAUCCUCGGACACAUUCUCCGAAAUCAUCGAGCUCAAUGUCGGAGGGCAAGUUUACGUUACGCGGCAUUCAACUUUACUCUCCGUUCCCAAUUCUUUACUCUGGACCAUGUUUGGUCAGAAAAACCCAAAGGAACUUACGACAGACAGCAAAGGACGCUUCUUUUUGGACAGGGACGGCUUUCUGUUCAGGUAUAUUUUGGAUUACUUGCGGGACCAGACUCUGGUGUUGCCAGAUUUCUUCAAAGAGAAGGCGAGCCUGCUUAAAGAGGCAGAGUAUUUCCAACUUCAGGAGCUGGCGAGACGCCUGACACCGGCGGUCACUAAGAAGAACUCGGUCAGCGAGGAGGUGUGCCAGAGCGACCCGGAGGAGGCUGCUCUCUCCAGCGAGCUCGCUGGCACCAGCAUCACCAACACCGGGCUCCGCUCGCCGACUCUGGAAGCGAGGAAAACUGGUUACAUAACCAUCGGGUACAGAGGGUCUUACACCAUAGGACGAGACAUCCAACAGGAUGCCAAAUUUCGACGCGUGGCCAGGAUCACCGUUUGCGGCAAAACGUCUCUCGCCAAAGAAGUUUUCGGGGACACAUUGAACGAGAGCAGAGAUCCAGACAGACCCCCGGAAAGGUACACAUCUCGGUAUUACCUCAAGUAUAAUUUCCUGGAGCAAGCCUUUGACAGGCUGGCAGAAGUGGGCUUUCACAUGGUCGCAUGCAGCUCCACAGGCACCUGCGCGUACGCGAGUAACGACCCCAGCGAGGACAAAAUCUGGACUAGUUACACCGAGUAUGUGUUUUGCAGGGAGUAAUAGUGACUUUCGUUAGGGCAUUUUGUAACUGUUGCUUUACUUGUUUGACACGCACCUUAAUCCGUUACGCAUCACGAAAGUGCAACAAUGUCAACAUGAGAAAUAUAGAGAUCUGCUAACUUUGAGAAAGUUUUAUGUCAAAUAUAUAUAUUUUGCAAGUAACGUUUUAAGAAAAAACUGAUCUGUUGUCUGCUUCCUAGAAUACAAACCUAUUUACCAGCCACAGAUGACAAUGUUUAGUGUUCAGAGACUGGGAGAAAACACAAACCUAUAUUAAGUGAUAUGGCCUUAUGCAACCCUUAUAAGAAGAAGAAUACAAAAAGUCAAUCUUAUACCAUUCUCAUGUCUAAUACUUCAUUGUAUCAAGCGUUUAUUCCUUAAUAUAACAGCUGCCCUCAGAUUAUGUGGGAUUACAAUCUUCAUCAUUUCUUUAUUUCUAAGAGUACAUAGACUCUAGAAAAAAUGCUGGGUUAUAUUGCACCAAACUGUUGGGUAAAAAUAACCCAGACAUGUUUAUAUCUGACCCAACAAUGAAUUAAAACAAGAAUCUUAUAUAACAACCCACUGGGUUGGGUUAGUUCCUUUUUGACCCAAAGCUGUGUUGAAAAUGACCCAACAUUUUUAGAGUGUACUUAAGAUCAAGAAACACAAAACAAAACAAUGUUAGAUUUAUUAAAUGUCAUUCCUAUAAUAAUCCAUAAAGACAGCAACCUGUUGCAUAACAAAUAUAGUCUAUACCUACCCCCUGCUUUCACUAAACCUUUAAACCCUCCCAUUGAUAAGAUGAUAUUUUGUUUGUUUUCAAUCUUAUGUAUCACACCUUUUAAUCUUAGCUAAUAUAUCUUUCAGCUUUACACAGAAUAAACAAAUUAUAAAAGACA